CCUGACCAGUUCUUCAUUGCAAAAUGAAAUUGUGGAGUUGUUCUCUCUGGCAGAACGUGCUUGGACAUGGUAUUGCUUGUGAGUGACAGCUUUAUGCAGGUGAGACAAGUGGAAGAACAGACUGAGCUGUGAUUGAACCAGGAGAUUUUUGGACGGUGUCUGAGGAUGGGUGAGGAAGGCCCGCCCAGUUUGGAGUAUAUCCAGGCCAAGGACUUGUUCCCCCCGAAAGAGCUUGUAAAGGAGGAAGAGUCGCUGCAGGUCCCAUUCAGUGUGUUGCAGGGCGAGGGGGUGGAGUAUCUUGGCCAUGCAAGUGAUGCUGUGAUUGCCAUCUCCAACUACCGGCUUCAUAUCAAGUUCAAGGAUUCUGUGAUCAAUGUGCCUUUGAGGAUGAUGGAAAGUGUGGAGUGUCGGGAUAUGUUCCAGCUUCACAUCAUCUGCAAGGACUCCAAAGUGAUCAGGUGCCAUUUUUCCACCUUUAAGCAGUGCCAGGAAUGGCUGAAGAGGCUGACUCGAGCCAUUGCCCGACCUGCUAAGCCUGAGGACCUCUUUGCAUUUGCCUACCAUGCGUGGUGCUUGGGAGUCUGUGUUGAUGAAGAGGAUCAACAUGCACAUCUCUGCCGUCCAGGAGACCAUGUGAAAUACCGGUUUGAGAUGGAGCUGCUGAGGAUGGGCUUUGACUUGCAGAAUGUCUGGCGCGUCUCUGACAUCAACAACAAUUACAAGCUUUGUUCCAGUUAUCCCCAGAAGCUGCUGGUCCCCGUCUGGAUCACCGAUAAGGAGCUGGAGAACGUUGCUUCAUUUAGAUCAUGGAAAAGGAUCCCUGUGGUGGUGUACAGACACGUGCGCAAUGGGGCAGUGAUUGCGCGCUGCAGCCAGCCAGAAAUCAGCUGGUGGGGCUGGCGAAAUGCUGACGAUGAGUAUCUUGUGACAUCUAUUGCCAAAGCCUGUGCUCUGAACCCUGGGGGGAAGGCACCUGCAGGGGCGCCCCAUGCCGGGAGCAGCGACAGCAGCGAGGCCGACUUCGACUCGUCCCUGACUGCAUGUUCAGGUGUGGAGAAUGCAGGAACUCCUCAGAAGCUGCUGAUUCUUGACGCUCGGUCCUACACUGCGGCGGUGGCCAACAGAGCCAAGGGAGGCGGCUGCGAAUGUGAAGAGUAUUACCCAAACUGUGAAGUUGUCUUCAUGGGCAUGGCCAACAUCCACUCUAUCCGGAACAGCUUCCAGUAUCUGCGUGCCGUCUGCAGCCAGGUGCCAGACCCCAGCAACUGGCUUUCAGCCCUGGAGAGUACCAAGUGGCUGCAGCACCUUUCUGUCAUGCUGAAGGCAGCAGUGCUGGUCUCCAGUGCAGUUGACAGAGACGGGCGUCCGGUGCUGGUUCAUUGCUCAGACGGCUGGGACAGGACUCCGCAGAUUGUAGCCCUGGCAAAGAUUCUUCUGGACCCUUACUACAGGACCAUGGAGGGCUUCCAGGUGCUUGUUGAAUCAGAUUGGCUGGAUUUUGGUCACAAGUUUGGUGAUCGCUGUGGUCACCAGGAGAAGGCUGAAGAUCAGAACGAGCAGUGCCCAGUUUUUCUGCAGUGGCUGGAUGCUGUUCAUCAGCUUCUGAAGCAAUUUCCUUGCCUCUUUGAAUUUAACGAAGCUUUUUUGGUGAAGCUGGUGCAGCACACAUACUCCUGCCUCUACGGGACCUUCCUUGGCAACAGCCCCUGCGAGCGAGAGAUGCACAACAUCUACAAGCGGACCUGCUCUGUGUGGUCCCUCCUGCGGGCUGGCAACAAGAACUUCCACAAUCUUCUCUAUAUGCCGGGGUCUGAGCAGGUGCUGCACCCAGUGUGCCAUGUGCGAGCACUGCACGUGUGGGCAGCUGUGUAUCUCCCAGCUUCCUCACCACAUCCUCUGGGACAGGAUGACAUGGACAUUUACCCACCCCACGCAUCUCAGAGUCAGGAGUUCAGUGGCAGAUGUUUGGACAGAUUACCAAAGACAAGAUCUAUGGAUGACCUGCUCUCAGCCUGUGACUCCAGCAGCCCACUGACCCGCACAUCCAGUGAUCCCAACCUGAAUAACCACUGUCAGGAGGUCCGGGUAGGCCUGGAAGCUUGGCACACCACCCCUGAGGGGACUGAGGUGCACUUGGGCGAAGGCAGUGUGGUGGCUGCAGGAGAGACGUGGCAGGUGGAGGAGCAGGAGGCAAAUGCUCCCCUGCAAGCCAGCAGUGCUUGUCCCAGGCCUGCUGAGCACAGCAAGCAACCGAGCAAUGGAGCUUCUGUGUCAGCAUGCAGUGUGUCCAUGGAGGCAGAAAAGGGAAGUAGAACAUACACGGAGGAACUGGGUGGCAUGUGUCCAGCUCCAAAUGCCUCUGGACAGGAAAAUGUUGACAGGGUUUCCACUAGUUCUGGAAAGGAGUUAGAAACCUGUCCCCAGGAACCUUUGAAGACUACUGGUGUGGUGACCAAUGGAGGAGGCUGCCCCAAGAGAAACACCACCUGCCAUGAUACUCCCAGCCAGGAGUCCCUGGCACCAAGUGCCCCUUGUCAGGACAUCCUGGGCCAUUCCCCAGGCAUCCCCUCCUCAGAUGAAGACACCAGUAAAGGUGAAGCGGGGAGUGUUUCCUGUGAGGAGCCAGGCCAGCCGGGCAGAGCCCCACUGGAGCAGUGGUGCAAACCCAUUUCCCAGAGCCAAAGCAGCGAGUUCUCCUUCCUGGGCUCCAACUGGGACAGUUUUCAAGGAAUGGUGACAUCACUCCCCGGUGGGGAGCCUGCAGCCAGGCACUUCCUCUCCUAUGGCUGCUGUAGCAAGAGAUCGAGCAGCAAAUCUUUACGGGCACCAGGCCUGUGCCUCAGUGGACAGUGUUCUGCCAGGGAAGCUGCAAAGGGCUCCGCCUGCCCCGGCCAGGGGGGCACGCACUCCGCAGGACCCGCGGGGAAGCCCAGCUGCUCCUGGCUGCCCUGCCACCCGAAGCAAGCAGCCGCUCCCCCCAAGCACAUGCUACCAAAAUGUCCUUCCCCUGUGCCUCCUCUCUACCUGGACGAUGACGGGCUCCCCUUCCCCACGGAUGUGGUUCAGCUCAGGCUGCGGCAGAUCGAGGCCAGCUACAAGCAGGAGGUGGAGCAGCUGCGCCGGCAGGUGCGGGACCUGCAGCUGCGGCUGGACAUCCGCCACUUCUGUGCUCCUCCAGCCGAGCCCCCCAUGGACUACGAGGAUGACUUUACAUGUUUGAAGGAAUCAGACAGCAGCGACACUGAGGAUUUCUGUUCUGAUCAUAGUGAAGACUGCUUGUCAGAAGCGAGCUGGGAGCCUGUAGAUAAGAAGGAAACUGAGGUCACACGGUGGGUUCCAGACCACAUGGCUUCGCACUGUUUUAACUGUGACUGUGAAUUCUGGCUGGCCAAACGGAGGCAUCACUGCAGGAACUGUGGGAACGUUUUUUGUGCUGGUUGCUGCCAUCUGAAGUUGCCUAUCCCUGAUCAGCAGCUGUAUGACCCUGUCCUCGUUUGUAACUUCUGUUAUGACCACAUCCAAGUGUCUCGUGCCAGGGAGCUCAUGAGCCAGCAUCUGAAGAAGCCCAUUGCCACAGCUUCCAGCUGAAUGCCAGACAAGGGACCUGUCUAAGCCCAGCCUUUUCUCUCAUGGGUUUGAACAGUGACUCUGCCUCCAGUGUCAUUGUGAAGGCCAUUGGUGCAACACUUGAACACCAAGCUUGAAUGCACUGUCUUCAGCAGUCUUACUGUCAGUCUGGAGCAGAGGAGCUGAGAUUGGAGAGUUUGGUGUGUUCCCCCUGCUCUGGUACUGGCAGGCCCAUACAUUGUAGUCUGACAACCUAGGGCUAAAGAGGGGGUUACAACCUCUUUUGUGGGCUGGAAAGCAACAUUUUUGCAGAUACUGCCUGUGCAAAGGACCCCCAAAGCAAUAGAAAGACAUGUUUAGAACCAACCCCCCUACAAAGGCAGGCUGCUCUAGAAGGAAGAGGGCAGCUCCAGGUGGUACCAUGUGCUCUGGAAGGGCCUCAGCCUGGAGCAAUUCUGUAGAUUCUCUUUCCAUGAGUGUGAUUUGUGAUCAGUUUGGUGAACAAGACUCAUUAACCAUCACUAAUUGAUUUUCUCUUGAGUGUCAGAGAGAAAUUCAUCUGGCUGAGAAUGAGCUGACCAGAUUUUGCCUGUUUUCAUGCUCAGCUGGGAUUGGUGAGCACGCUUGACUCCCAGUACUGUGGGGAGAUGGGAGAUCAGCUUUUUCACUUCUGCUCUGCCCAUCUGCUUUGUCUGCAAUAGUGUCAUGGCCUGGUGCUAACACAGGAAUGGCACCCUGAUCCUCUCCUGGCAUGGAAACAGAACUUGUGUUCCUGUGUUGCUCCUCCUCCCCUUCCCUGCCCUCAACUCUCCACUUCCUACUGCUCUUUAUCCUGAAAACUUGAUACCUUGAGGGCAUAGGCCAUAAUGUGUUGUUUUACCUCCUGGAAUGUGCUGUCUGGUGUACGUGAGGGUUUCAGUCCAAAUGCUGCUAUAUAUUUCUGUGCACUUAAUGUAACCCGAAGAAGGGAGAAUGAAGCAUUGAUACCAAAAUGGGGGUGGGGAAGGACAUGGGCUGACACAGACACUCUGGUCUGUUCUUUUCACUUGAGGACUUGAGGAUGUACAGCCAAGCUACAGCAACAAACAUGACGUGUGGCAUUUGUUCAGUGGUGGAAACAAGCUCUCUGACUUGCCCCAGUGCUACCUAAAAUGCCUCUUGAAUUUUAAUUCCUUUUCUUUCUCCUGUACAGUGGUCAAAGUUCAGAGUUGCCAACUUGUAAUUGCCUCUCUACUUCUUUACACUACAGAGUGGGAAUCCCAAUGCGUUCUAAGGAAAAGGAUUUAGAGAGAAAAGGAGCUUCAGGUGGGCUUUUAAUUCCUAGAUCCCUUUGGGAAUAUCCAUCCUGCCUCCUUUCUAAGGAAUCUGUGCACAUUAGUGAGGAAGAAGAAUCUGAACAUGGGACAUUUCCUUGCAGAAAGGCAGGUUUUCUUUCCAGCUCAAUGAAAAUGUUUGAUACAUUCUGCACCUCAUGAGCUGAGACUUCAUGUGUGUGAGGACCUGUGAGGACCCCUGGUGUACGAACCAGGCAAAGUACUUUACACUGUUGUGAUCUCCCAGUUUUUCUUUUCUAAUGAUUUGUCAUAUACACAAGAGGGAGUGGAAUCAUGACUCUUUCCUGCACUUUGGUAUGUCAGCCUCUGAGCGCAAGCAAAGGUAGCACCAUCUGAAGACCCUGUACUUAGUUGGACUCUGCUUCUUUUCUGUCCUGGGAACCACCAAUAUGGCUUGAGAGGAGAAGGCAUCUGGCUUCAGAUCCUCCCCUGCCUUGUACCUUGCAGUCAUUGCCAGACAUGGAAGAGUGACAACUGGGUUGGCAGAAGGAAUUGGAUUUGCUCCUGUUUGCACAUGUUGGAAUGUCUGCAAGCAAGAAGGAAGCCUGAAAAUAGGUACUCCUGGGCCUCCUGUUCAGGACUUGAGUGCAAACUGCUUUUAGCUCUUGUGAGUGUCAGUGUCACAAUGUGCUGGCCAAAAACUCUGAAAUCAGUUUGAUGGCAUUGUGACAAGCAACAUGUGCUGUACCACUCAAUACAGUCACAAUAAAAUCUCUAUAUUAGU